GCUGUGGCAGCGCCGGACGCAGCUCGAGCAGUGGCUGCUGCGGCCUCCACCUCCUCCUCAAAGGCCUCCCCAGAUCCUGGACUCCGGCUUAGCUAGCGUCUCCGCCAUGCCCCGGAGGAGGCGCGGAGGCCGGGUGUGCGCCCUGGAGGGCGGCCGGGAGGAAGAAGCGCCCCCGGCGGCGGCCGCUGUGCCCUCGGCGCUGUGGGCGUCCCAGCUACAGCCGGAGGCGGCGGCCGGGCAGAUUCUGCUUCGGGGCAUCUUCGAGAUCGGGAGGAGCAGCUGCGACGUGGUGCUGAGCGAGCGGGCCCUGAGGUGGUGGCCCAUCCAACCCGAGCGCCCCGCGGGUGACUCCAAGUAUGACGUUCAAUGUAAAGAAGAAUUUAUUGAAGUCAAGGACAUAUUCUCCGUCAAACUGAAACGACGAUGUUCUGCUAAGCAGCAGGGAAAUGGUACUUUAUUAGGUAUCACACUCUUCAUUUGUUUGAAAAAGGAACAAAAUAAAUUAAAAGAUUCUACGCUUGACCUUAUCAAUUUAAGUGAAGACCACUGUGAUAUAUGGUUUAAACAAUUCAAGAAAAUUUUGGCAGGUUUUUCAAAUAGACCAAAGUCAUUAAAAGUAAUUCUCAACCCCCAAAGCCACAAAAAAGAAGCUACCCAGGUCUAUUCUGAGAAGGUUGAACCACUGUUGAGGAUUGCAGGAAUAAAGACUGACGUUACAAUAACUGAAUAUGCAGGGCAUGCUCUGGCGCUGCUGAGGGAUUGUGAACUCCAGGAAUUUGAUGGCGUCGUCUGUGUUGGUGGAGAUGGAUCUGCCAGUGAAGUUGCCCAUGCUUUGCUUCUGAGAGCCCAGAAGAGUGCUGGGAAGGAGACAGACAGCCUCCUCGCCCCUGUCCGGGCGCAGCUUCCACUUGGGUUGAUACCAGCAGGCUCUACUAAUAUACUGGCACAUUCUCUUCAUGGAAUCCCUCAUGUGGUAACUGCAACUUUGCACAUUAUAAUGGGGCACGUACAAGCGGUUGAUGUCUGCACUUUUAGCACCACUGGCAAGCUUCUUCGCUUUGGGUUCUCAGCCAUGUUUGGCUUUGGUGGAAGAACUUUGGCCCUGGCAGAAAAGUAUCGAUGGAUGUCACCCAACCAACGAAGGGAUUUUGCUGUCAUGAAGGCACUGGCAAGACUUAAGCCUGAAGACUGUGAAAUAUCAUUUUUACCAUGUAUCAGCUCUCACGCUGUACAAGAAAGGAAGGCAGAAGGAUCUCCCAAAUCUGACGGUGCUAAUCCGUGGCAAACGAUCCAGGGUCCGUUCUUGAACGUCAGCAUUAUGGCGAUCCCUUGCCUGUGUUCAGUGGCACCUAGAGGCUUGGCCCCUACUACCAGAUUAAAUAAUGGAAGCAUGGCUCUUAUCGUUGCACGAAACACUUCUCGACCAGAAUUUAUAAAACACCUAAAAAGAUACGCCAGUGUUAAAAAUCAGUUCAGUUUUCCAUUUGUUGAGACUUACACUGUGGGAGAAGUAAAAGUUCGUCCGAGGAGUAAUAGUGGAUACAAUCCAGAGGAGGACAAUGGACAGCACUCAGCUGCGCCAGAAAAGAGUUUCCCUUGGAAUGUAGAUGGUGACUUAAUGGAAGCCCGGUCAGAGGUUCAGGUCAAGUAAGUGUCAUUAUUUCACCACUUUCAAUGUCCACCAGUAGACAGAACACCAAAUGUAAUGGAAGCCUCCUUGUCAUGGCUAGAUUAUUAUUAUUUUUUUAAUAAGGCA